UUGAUAGGGAAAAGUAGCGCCGAUAGGAGCAGCACUUGUCAAUGAAUGAAUAUUGUGACAGCUCAUUUCGUAUUUGUAUACAUAAAAAACUCCAAGGAAACAGUGCCGGAGUUCACGAGUCACUCUUAGCUUUACAAAUAGGCAGUCCGUAUAUUAACUUUACUUCUCUAGUUACAGUCAUGCUCAGCUAAAUGAUUAUUAUUUGUUUUUAUGAAUAAGAAUUGAUUGAGUCCAGUUCAAAUAAUUGAAAGAUGGGCGAUUUUUCUGACGAAUCUGACAUAAAUCCCUCGGAGAUGGAAAGAAUGGUUGAAGAAUUGGAAGAUCUCGACAAUACGUUGCUCAGAGGUCCUUCAAUGAAACAAGGUCCUUUUCCCAACAGCAGUGAAAACAAGGAUAUAACGGAAGUGAAAAAGAGAGUAGCUUUCAAGGACGACGACGAUCCUCUAGCUGAUUUACUGAGCGACGAUGAUGCUUCGUACGGGAUUAAAAAACCAAACAUUUCUGCCACGAAAAGCAGUCUCGUGGCGGACUUGUUUGGAAUAAAAAAUCAAAAGCCGGAAGAAAAAAAAACUGAACUGCCAAAAGCACAGAAGCCACCGGAAGUGCAGAGCGUUGAAGGAAAUCGAGAGACGAUUAUUCCGGAUGAGCAUUUGCAAACUACCAAAAAGUCCGCAGUGCCGCCGGCUCAAGGACGCACGGUUUCUCAGAAUACUCGGGAAAAAUCACAGAAUGUUGAAGAAAAAGCUGGGAAGACGGAAGACUCGCAAAAACUGCCCAGUGCCAAAGCUCGAAAAUCUUCCUUGAUGGAGGAUUUGUUCGGCACCAGAUCACGAUCAGCUCCGAGCAUAGAAAUCGAUCCGCGACCAAUUAUCUCAAAACCCAAUAACCAGAAUUCGUCAAAUCCGGUUCGUCCGGAAUCCUCCAAAUCCGAACCACCGACCAAAAGCUCUUCCGGUUACGUCGUCGAUUUUGGAACGGUCAGAGAAUCUCGAAGAGGCAGACAAAGUUCUGCAGUCAUCAGCGAUCCACUCGGAUUAUUUUCAGACUCCAAACCCACCGAACCGGUCACUCAAACUCCCGUUGACCCAGAAAAAAAGAAAGAUUUGCAAGUCGAUAAAAAACCGCACAACGAAGAUUUGCCAGAAUGGUUGGGUGGCACAGGAAAAACGAAAGAAACGAAAAUGGAGAUUGAAAAGCACCAACCCACCAGUAAAAAAGAACCUCAAACGAGCGAGCCUAAUGCGGAUCCAUUGUUACAAAAAAAUCAUGAAACUCUUUUUUAUCCUGAUUUGUCGACGAUGAUGGGUACGCAAUUUGAUCAACAAGCUGCUUUGAUUACCAUGCAACAACAAGAACACGAGCUUAAAACUGCAGCCUCGUUGUCAUAUCAGAACGAGCAAGUGACUAAAAUUGUUGAAAAUCAAAAAGCGAAACUCGACGAGCAGGCUAAAAUGUUCAAUGUCCUGAUAAAACAUCAGCUCGACAGGCAAGCGAUGCUCGAAACACAAAUGAAAAUUCAACAGGCUCGAAUCGAUCAUUACAUUCAAACUUUGAUGUCACAACCAACUUCUUUGCCAACUGGUUCGAUUCCCGGAGAAAAAAGUGUCAAUGAAACCGAGAAGUCAGAAGACGAAUCGCUUGGUGCUGAAACCAUGGUUAAAAAAUUAGAAUUGGAAAAAUUGCAUUUGGAAAACACAGUUGAAAUUCUAAAGGAAAAGCACGAGGGCGAAAUAACGAUACUCCAAGAGUCAUACGAGAAACAACUUUCGUUUCAACGUCAAGGGAUGGACAAAUUGGAGAAAAAAAUGUAUGAAUAUUGCGAGGGAUUGGAGAACGAGUGUGAAAAAAGGGUAGUAAAAAUGAAGAGUGAAAAGGAGGAAAUUGAAGUGAGUUUCAAAGAAGAAAUUGAACGGUUGAAGAAAAAUGAAAAAAUACUCAUCGAGGAAAUGUAUGAUCGACAUUCGCACAAUGUUGAACUAUUGCAAAAGGAACAUGCCGAAACGAUCGACGAGAUAACACGUGCCAAAGAAAUUGAACGGCAGGCUGUUGAUACUAUAAGCAAUCACAAAACUGAUCUCGUUGAUUUGUUACAACGUUCGGAACUUGUUUUUGAGAAUUUUCAACAGUUUCAACAAAAGUUUGAAAUCAGAAACGAAGAAUUCAGCGAGACCCGUGGAGCUCAUCUGAAAAAACAGGAGGAACAUUUGCAGCGUAAAUUAAAAAUGCUCAGAAACCAAUUGAAUUUGCAACAAGACUCUUUAGCGGAUGAACGAAAAAGAUUGUUGGAGAUUGCCCACAACUUGGAUGUGGGCACGGCUCAAUUGACAGCGGAGUUCAAGAAAAACAGUUCGUUACUCAACGAAACCGAGGAACGAUUGGCUAUUAGGGAACGCGCACUUAUACGUGAGAAACAAUUGUUUGACGAACAAGUGAAAUGGGAGCGUGAACAUUUGCAGGUAAUUAAAGACGCAUGGUCGAAGGAACAGGAACGUCAGUUGAACGUAAUUCACACUGAGAGAGAAAGCGUUGCUAAUGAAAGAGCAAAAUUGGAAGUAUCCUUCAAGCUGAAGAGCAGCGAAGAUGAAAUGGCUAAGAUUGAGUUGGAAGCUGCAUUGAAAACUGCCCAGGAGGCAGCGCAGGAAGCGAGUCAAGAGAAACUAAAGUGGCAGGAAAAAUGUCGUUCUCUUGAUGCGCAAAAAUGUUUGCUGCGAGAAAAAGAGAAACACUUGGUCAAUAAAGCCAAGGAAUUGGAGACUUUAACGCAGUCGGCGUUGAAAAAACGAGACGAAGGUAUCGAAGCGUUAAAAGAGGCAAAACGUGUCGAACAGCGGCACAAAGAGCAUCUUAUGGAGUUGCAAAUUCAGUUAGAGAGUUUGGCUCAUCGAGAGAACAGAAAAGCCACUGAAAAAUUGCACAUUGCGAGGGAGAAACUAGCUUCAAGGGUCUUUGCGGCUGAGAAACCAGAAAAAGAUACAAACGAACGAGUCUCAUCAGUACCCCUCGCGAAUGAUAGAUCCUUUAUAUCGAAUCAUUCUCAUAUUUCAACGCAUUUUAAGGAUGUAGUUGAUCCACACCUCUUGAUGCUCAAACUGGAUCUCGACAAUAAAUUAGACACUACGGAGGAACUCCUUGCCAGUAUGCAAGUCAUCAGUCAAUAAUUUAAAACUCACGUAACAGUAUUUUAUACAAAAAAAAUAUUGUAAUGUUUCUUACUCAAAAUAAGUUACGCACUAGUCAUGAUGAGGUCCCAAAUUGUUACUCAUCAAAUAUUGUUCUCUCCAGGUCUUGUUCAUUAUCUGCAACUAAGCAAAUAAACAUCAAGCUCUGUCAUUUUGUAUACUCAAAAAAUUCAUACCAAUAAAAUAUUAUUUGUGCAUUAAUAAA